AAGUUGAUGGGGGAGAAAGAAAAUGAAAAGAGUUGACAAGAGAAAGUCCGGUCUACAUAGGCAAAAUACAUACAUAGAAAGAAGAAACUGUCCAAAUUGCGACAAUGGUUGUUGGCUUCAUUCAUUAAUUCAAAAAUAAAACAAAAAGUCUAAACUUCCCCUCCUGCUCCACGCUUCUUUCUUUCUUAUAUAGUCAAUCCAUUUCAUAUUAUAUGUAAUUUUUUUGAAUUCUAUUCUCUACAUUUUGUGCGCUCAGCGAAAGUUUCAGUGUACUGAGUUUUGGAUUUUCAGAUACUUUCUUAAUCUAGCAGGUCCAUCCCCAUCGGAUUACUUUCUAUUUAUCAAAAAAUGCAUGGUCUUAAGAAGUCUCCUUUACAUUGGAAUGCUAGGAAAAAAUCUGCGGAUCCCGUGGUUCAUAGUAAUCCUGGAUUAAAUCCCUUUGAUUCUGACGAUGAGUCUGACAUGAAGCAAACUGUAAAACCAUCAAGUAGAAUGCCACCACAGCCUUCUGCAGCUAACCCAAAUUUGGGUGCAAACCUUUUUGAUGAUGAUGAAAUUAAAGAGACUCCUUCUCAUGCUUACUCAACUUCGACAGCAAGAAAUAAAUACAAGAAUGAUUUCCGGGAGUCUGGAGGAUUUGAGAACCAAAGUGUAGAGGAGUUGGAAAACUAUGCCGUCUACAGGUCAGAAGAGACUACAAAGUCUGUUAACAACUGCCUGAAGAUUGCAGAAGACAUGCGAGAGGAUGCAACAAAAACCUUGAUCACUUUACAUCAACAGGGAGAACAAAUUACAAGAACCCAUAUGACUGCAGCAGACAUCGACCAUGAUCUUAGCAGGGGUGAAAAACUCUUGGGGAGUCUUGGGGGUAUAUUUUCUAAGACUUGGAAGCCAAAGACGAAUCGCCCAAUUACAGGGCCUGUUAUCACAAGAGGGUCAGAUAAUCCGGUUCAAAGGAGGGGCAACCACUUGGAGCAGCGGGAGAAGUUAGGAUUGAACUCUGCACCUAAGGCAAGGUCAAGUUCACGGACACCGCCCCCAGAGCCUACAAACGCACUGCAGAAAGUUGAGGCUGAGAAAGCAAAGCAAGAUGAUGGUCUAGAAGAUCUCAGCAUUCUGUUGGGGGAGCUCAAGAAUAUGGCUGUUGACAUGGGAUCUGAAGUGGAGAGGCACAAGGAGGCAUUGGAUCAUGUUGAAGAUGAUGUUGAUGAGCUUGGUUCCAGAGUUAAAGGGGCCAACCAUAGGAUUCGCCGCUUGCUUGGAAAGUAAACCAGUAGACAUCUGUUGGAGACCUGUUAAUGAGCUUUCAGACGUUUAACUUCAGUUCUUUAUCAUUUUCAACUAUUCUUGAGUUUUUCACAGAUCCUUCUUUCUGCUAUUUCAUGUUACUUUGUAAUUAUAUUUUUACAGUAUUCUAUUCUAUAGUUGUCUGAUAUUUGGAAGACAGGUCGACGAAUUGUUACUUAUCCAUUGUACAGAAAUAAUGUUGAACAUGAAUAGUUGAAUGUGCUGUAUGCUCAACAUCCAGUUUUUUAAAAAAAAAAAAGUUUCAAUC